AUGGUCCGUGUCCACAUCGAUGAUAUGCUCUGUCUCUCCGUUGAGAACUGUAGCUUCAACCUCCCGUUUGAGGAGAUACCCGUCACCAACAGUGACACCUAUGGUGGCGGCUCAUCAGAUGACGAUGAGGAAGAGUUGGGGUGGGCUUACGACCCGCAGUUAACACCUCCCCUGCCGUCUACCAUCAGACGCUCAAGGGUGUGUGUUGAGAUGGCUAGCGGCGAUCGGAUCGCUAUCCAAAGUGUUAAUGAGGCGCUCCGAGAUUUGCUAUCAUUCUCUCAGAAUCGGAAUGCGCAGCCAGGGGAGAUGCUAGAUCAGGUGCCCUUAGUCAUGUUUGACGCGCUGAAUCAGCAGCUGGGUCAACGCCAAGUCGAGGAGCUUACCCCUUCGGAUGAGGCGUUUUGGGAUCGCUACGGAGACCGCUACGUUAUACUUCCAUGCAGCUCGACAGGCAUCUUACGUGCCGACUAUAAGCUCGUUAAGGUACGGCCUGAGACUAAUGAUAUUCGACUUCGAUACUUGCGGUCCGCGAUACUGCAGUCGCCAAAGAGGCUUGUUAAUCGCCCGUCUUGA